CGACAGGCACCGGGGCGAGCGCAGGCGGCAGCCCACCUUCGUGCCACUUGUCGGGACGAGGAUUAUAUUCCCCACUCUCCCUGGGAUGGAGGACGCCGGCGUCCAGAGGGGGAUUUGGGAUGGAGACGCCAAGACCGUCCAGCAGUGCUUGACUGACAUUUUCACCAGCGUUUACACCACCUGCGACAUUCCGGAAAAUGCCAUUUUCGGCCCCUGCGUCCUGAGCCACACGUCCCUGUACGACAGCAUAGCCUUCAUCGCGCUCAAGUCCACCGACAAGCGCACCGUGCCCUACAUAUUCCGGGUGGACACGUCGGCGGCCAACGGCUCGUCGGAGGGGCUGAUGUGGCUGCGGCUGGUGCAGUCGGCGCGGGAGCGGGAGGAGCAGAACCUGGAGGCCUACAUCAAGAGCGGGCAGCUCUUCUACCGCUCCCUGCGGCGCAUCGCCAAGGACGAGGAGCUGCUGGUGUGGUACGGCAAGGAGCUGACGGAGCUGCUGCUGCUGAGCCCCGCGCGGGCCCCCGCCCGCGGCAACGGCUCGCCGCCCUUCGCCUGCCCCGAGUGCAGCCAGCGCUUCCAGUUCGAGCUGCCCUUCGCCGCCCACCUGCGCUUCCGCUGCCCCAAGCGGCUCCACGGCGCCGACACCGGCCCCGCCGCCGCCGCCGAGGCCCCCGGCGGCAAGGACGGCGCCGCCAAGGAGCAGGAGGCCGGCAAGUACUGCAAGCCCAGCGGGCCGCUGCACCACCACUUCCCCGCCGACGGCAGCGCCGGCGCCGCCGCCACCACUAAGCCCUCCACGGACUUCCACAACCUGGCGCGGGAGCUGGAAAACUCCCGCGGAGGCGGCGGCGGCGGCGGCUCCGGCGGCGGCUCCCCGGGGCGGCCGGCGCCCCCCGACGGCGGCGGUGAGGCGGCGGCGGGCAAGGCCAAGCGGCGCUACGCCGAGGAGGAGGAGCGGGGCCCCGGCGCGGCGGCGCGGGGCCGCUUCGCGGCGGAGCGGCCGGGGCUGCCGUCGGCGCCCAAGGAGGAGCUGGUGUGCACGCCGCAGCAGCAGUACCGGGCGGCCGGCUCCUACUGCGGCCUCGAGGAGGGCGGCCGCCUCUUCGCGCCGCCCAGCCCGGAGACGGGCGAGGCCAAGCGCAGCGCCUUCGUGGAGGUGAAGAAAGCCUCCCGCGGGCCCGAGCCCGACGGCGCCGCCGAGGACAGCAAGGAGCGCACCUCGCCCGCCGCUGCCGCGGCCCCGGCGGCGGGCGGCGGCGGGGAGCCGGCGCUGUGCCCCCGCGGCGGCGGCGGCCCCGGCGGCGGCCCCGGCCCCGGCGGCGGCGGGGCGCCGCUCUCGGCGCGCCUGGACGGCGGCAGCCCGGCGCGGGGCAGCGCCUUCAGCACGGUGCCGCAGCUGAGCGGCGGCGAGGAGCGCAAAAGCGCCUUCUCGCAGCCCGCCCGCUCCUUCGCCCACGUGCCGCCGCUGGUGCUGGGCCAGAAGCUGGGCGGCCUGGGCGAGCCCUGCCCCGACGGCGCCGCCGCCCCCGGCCGCCUCUACGCCGCCGAGGCGCUGGCCGUGAAGCUGCCGGGCGGCGGCGAGGCGGCGGCGGGCGGCGGCGGCGGCGGCGGCGGGGGCGGCGGCGGGGGGCUGCCCAAGCAGAGCCCCUUCCUCUACGCCACCGCCUUCUGGCCCAAGAGCUCGGCGGCGGCGGCGGUGGCGGCGGCGGCGGCGGGGCCGCUGCAGCUGCAGCUGCCGUCGGCGCUGACGCUGCUGCCGCCGUCGUUCACGUCGCUGUGCCUGCCGGCGCAGAACUGGUGCGCCAAGUGCAACGCCUCCUUCCGCAUGACCUCGGACCUCGUCUACCACAUGCGCUCGCACCACAAGAAGGAGUACGCGAUGGAGCCGCUGGUGAAGCGCCGCCGCGAGGAGAAGCUCAAGUGCCCCAUCUGCAACGAGUCCUUCCGCGAGCGCCACCACCUCUCCCGCCACAUGACCUCGCACAACUGAGGCGGCCCGGUUCCGCCCGCCCCGUCUCCUCGCCUCCCCAUGCACGCAGCCCCACUUCCCGGGGGGCGCGGAGCGGGCCG